AUGUCUGCUCCUUGUUCGUUUAGACCUCUCCCUCAAAUCUCUUGUGACUCCUCGCUUACCAGUUACAUCGCUGCAGUAUCUUCCGACGAGCGGGAACGCUACACUCGGAUCAUAGAUGAUAUUUUGGCCACCGCGGAUCUCGAGACUAUCUCGCGUAAAAAGGUCCGGCAAGCGUUGGAGGGCCGACUUGGCGGCAAGGAUUUGAGCGAGCAAAAGGAUGCCAUCAAGCGCCUAAUUGAGGCUCGAUUCGACGCCGUCUCCGGUGCCGAUUCUGCUGCUGCGGAUGUCCCAGCACCCUCUAUUCCCGAACCGUCUUCCAAGCGACCGAACGGCGUCUCCGACUACGACGAGACGGACCCUUCUGCCUCCCCCGAGCCUGCGAAGAAGAAGACGAAGCGAUCGUCUUCAUCCGAGGACGCGGAUGCGCGCCUUGCUGCUCAGCUGCAGGCUCAAGAGAAUAGCCUAGCCCGUGGGCGAACGACUCGCGGAGGCGGUGACCGGACAGUGAAGAAGCGAAAAGCGCCACGAAAGAAGAGUGCCAAGAAGGUCCGCGAUGAUGACGACAGCGACGUCAAUGGCAGCGCCGACUCUGGCGUCAAGAAGCGCAAGGCUGUCGGUGGUUUCCAAAAGCCCUUCAACCUAAGUUCCACGCUCUCUGAAAUUUGCGGUGAGACCCAGCUCUCUCGCCCGCAGGUUGUCAAGAGACUCUGGGAACAUAUCAAAGCCAACGAUCUUCAAGAUCCGGCCGACAAACGACAGAUUCGCUGCGACGCCAAAAUGCAGGCUGUUUUCAAGCAAGCCAGGGUUGACAUGUUCAAGAUGAACAAGGAGAUUGGCAACCAUCUCUAUCCAGUUGGAGAAGAGUAG